AUGAGGAGAAAGAAGUCCCAGGUGGACAUCUACUUUGUGACAGUGCUGGGGCAGGCGCCGCAGCUCCUCCUUCAGGCAGAGAAAACAAAAACUUUUGUCAGCCGAAGCCUGGUCAUAGGAGAAGUCAUCUUCAUAGCGGACAUGGCCACGGGAGUGAAGUGUGGAGUAAUUUAUUGGCUGUUUGGUGGUGCAGUCAGGAAUCUUGGAAGUCCUGGAUAUAUGACUAAGUGGUUUCAGCCACUCCAGGAGCAGAAAUACACUGGGAUGUUUGCAAUGACCGAGAGGGGCCACGGGAGCAACGUGAGAGGGAUCCAGACUGAAGCCACCUUUGACCUCUCUGCACAGGAGUUUGUCAUCCACACGCCCUGUGAAAAUGCCCAGAAGAUGUACAUUGGGAACACGAUGCAUGGGAAUUACGCGGCGGUCUUCGUCCAGCUCACCAUAAAUGGAAGAUCUCAAGGACCCCACUGUUUCAUUGUUCCUGUCCGGGAUGAAAACGGAAGCUUGUACCAGGGAGUGACAGCUAUUGAUAUGAUGUAAAAAGAAGGUCUGCACGGUGUGGAUAAUGGGAUUCUAAUAUUUGACAAGGUUCGCGUACCGAGGGAGAAGUUGCUGGAUAAGUUUGGUUCCAUGAGUCCUGACGGACAAUACCAUUCACCUAUUAAGAACAAGAGUGUAAGAUUCAAUGCGAUGCUGGCUGCGCUGACCCCUUCAAGAUUAGCUGUGACUUUCCAAGCUAUGGGCACCAUGAAGGCGAUGGGAUUGCCAGGCGAUGAGAGGCUCCACACAGAGCCUGGCAAGGCUCACCCUGGCAUGGUCCGGGCACGGCUGACGUUGGCCCUACUGGACAGUGCCCCGGGCCGCUGUGAUCUCAUCGUGAGUGUCUCUGAGCCGGGGACCGACCGCGUGGAGGGCGCGGGGCGACGGGGCGACCGGGCGGCGCCUUCGCAGCACGCAGAGCUGUGGGCAGAGCCUGCGGGUUUCUCCCGCGUGAACGUGGCCUUGGCUCAUCCGGAAGCCAGCAUGUCUGUUUCUCUUGAGGUGGCUCUGUGA